AUGUAUUGUGUGUGUUGCAGUGAGGCAGCGGCACAUGCUGUAGCGACGUUGGCAGAAGCCACUCUACAAGGAGGAGGGCAGAUUGUCCUGGCAGAGACAGCAGCUGCUGUCGGGGCACUGGCAGGGGUUCAAGAUGCCACAGGUCUGGUCCAGAUCCCAGUCAGCAUGUACCAGACCGUCGUGACCAGCCUCGCUCAGGGCAACCGGCCCGUCCAGGUUGCCAUGGCACCUGUCGCCACACGCAUAGAUAACACUGUCACACUGGACGGCCAGGCGGUGGAGGUUGUGACCCUGGAGCAGUGACAUUCGGGAACCUUGGAAGGAGUAGAAAAGCACUGAAAAGGCCACCUUGGAGAUUUGUUUAUCUAUCUCGGUUUUCCAAGACGUCACUGUCGCUGUGUACAAUGUCAAAUAUAUUUUUAAAUGUACAUCUGCAGGGGAAGGAAGUUAUUAAUGCAUUGUGUUUACUAUGUAAAGAUAUUGCUUUUGUUGGUGUCAUUUUUUUUUUUUUUAAUUUUAUUUUAUUUUUCCCAUUUAGCUUCAUGUUGGUUUUUUUUGUUUUUUUUUUAAAGCUCUGUGUUUGUGGAGUAUUAAAUAUUUAUUUCCUUACAAUUAACCUUUACUUAAAACAAUGACGAACCAAAAAGCCCAGGAGGAAAGCCACCACUGCUUCACUCAAGAGUGUGUUACCUAUCAUUGUUCUGGAUUUUUUUUUCGGUAUCUUCUGUGUUCUUGACUGUUCUGUUUCUAGGAUACAUUAAAAAUUCAGUGCCAUAGUCAGAAAUCACUCCUUUUCUGUUUCCCUGUCCCCACCCCCUCUAUCAUCACUGUUCUAAGAUUUCCACCUGAAUCUCUCCGGAGCAGCAUCUGAGCUGUAGACACUCCCUGACAUUUUUCUCACGUUAGAUGAUAAAAUAUUAUGUUGGAGUAUCGUCUUGUCAUGUUCUGUUCCCUGUUCUGUUCCACUGUAGUCCACGCACAUGCCAAAAUUUGCGAAGACUCAGGAUAACACAGUACAUGAAGGUGUUUUUUACCGCUGGAUUUGCUGAGCUUGACUUCUUGAAGCAGUCUUUUUGUUUACCAAAUCUUGUUUCUUUCCCAGUGCAUGGAUAGGAGGAGCGCACCCCCUUGGUAUGUUGUUUUUAACACGAACUCCUUUGUAUGUCACUGAAGACUCGGUGGUCCACAUCACUUUGUAAAUGACGGGACGUUGGUCGUACUUGGAGCUGCAGUAUUUUGCAACCCCAAAAAAAACAACAAAACAAAACGCUUGGCAGGAAUCAACUUAGUUUGAUGCAGCUGUAACAGUCAGUUUAACUCUCACCAGACUUGUAUUUGAAAAAAAUAUUGUCCAAUAAAAUGGCUGCUGUUCACCAUUCAAACAGUUGCUCUCUCAGUUAUUUGCUGAAAACAUGGAAUGCUAAAGUGUUUUUCACAAUAAAAUAUCUGCAUGUGA